AUGGAAAGAGCAAGCAAGCAGUGUUGCCAAGGUAAAAACGCCACAGGAAAAGAGUUCGGCUCAAUCCAUGAUGUCACUCCUGGUUUUGAGAAUGAGGCAGCUGAUAGUUUACCAAAAGACGACUCAGCGGGAAGCAGUGUUCAAGAGAUAUAUCCCUGGAUGAAGGAGUUUCGCUCGAAAGGAGCAGUGCAGGAGAAAGAUGACAGAAAACUCAAUCGAAUCAUCUACAGCACAAAACAGCUGGUAGAAUUAGAGAAGGAGUUUCAUUUCAACAGAUACCUUUGCAGACCGCGGAGAAUCGAAAUCGCUCUGUCGCUUGGACUCACCGAGAAACAGGUCAGAGUUUGGUUCCAAAAUCGUCGAAUGAAAUGGAAAAAAGAGAGUGAAUGUGUUGAGAAGGCUCUAGAGAAUGAAAUUCAGGAACGAAUGAGACAACUCAGCGCUCAAAAUUCCUUCGGUAGCCAGUUAUCCAUGUUGAAUAUGAUAAACGUGCAACCAAAUGGGUCUCCACUUAACAAAUCGAUGCAUUCUAUCAAUCAAUACUCCGUUCCAAUGCAUCUGAAGCACGAUGCAAGAUAUCUGGACAAGCCGAAAGCGAUCUGGAGUCAAGGAACACACGAUCAUUGGUGAUUACUAAGCAUCUGUUUUGGGAUUAGGGUUUCCUUUGGCUCCCCACCAGAAUUCACACCUCGUAAAUUACAAUUAACUAAUUUACAGCUCAUUAAUCUUGUUGCGUUUAUGGUUCUGUUUACGAUGAAGAACGCAUAGGAAAAAUCAUUUGCCUUCUUCAGUGACGUUGCAAUUAUCAAAGGUUCUGUUUAAUUCGCACUAUUGCAUAAUACACAUGAAAUUGAAUGAACCAUUUCAAUUCUAGAUUUAAUAUUCAGCUCGUCUUUAAUAACUUUAUGCUUAGUUAUACACAAUUGUACCGUAUUCACCUCUCAUUAGGGACCUUAAGUAAACCACGACGGUGACGGCAACGAGGACAUGGAAAAACAAAAGAUCUAAUUGGAAGAAUAAUAGCUCAGCACAUGCAUUUUAAAACUUUGCACAUUUCUUAGCCGUCCUAGACAAAAAAACAACGUGAAAUCGCCACAAUUUGCGUCAUCUGCGAACCGAAACCGCGACGGCAAAUUAUUUUUAUUUCCAUUUGGAACAACGCUUCUUUUAUACGUUAUGCUGAAGUUGAGGUGUGGCGCCGUAUGAGACGGUAAACACAUGCAGCCAUUUUUGAAAUUCUAAUUAAAGGCAAAAAUUCAUUAUUUUGUCGAAGUCUUCUUUGGC